UUAUAAGUAAACACCGCUGCUGUGUCGAAACCUCCAAGUACACAGCACCUAGUGUCACGUGAUCUCGUCAUGAGUUGAGUCUCCGUUUCCAUGGUAGUAGGAUGUGACGCGCUGUAGCCGUUUGAACGCACCAAUGAGGAGCGCGCGGAUCGUGAACCGAGUUGAGCAGCUGUGACCGAGCGCCAGUGUCCGCCGGUUUUUUUACGCGGUGACCCCGGGAAAGGAUGAAUGUAAGCUUAGGAGCCGGCCCAUUUUUUGUUCAGCACCUUGGGUAGCGUUUGCUGAUUGGUGGCUACGUUUGUCGCAGGACUGACACAGGCCCUAUUUCACUGAAACAACGUACAGAAGCGAACCAUGAAAAACCGCUCUCCUACACCACCGCUACAUGUUCAUGUAGAUGAAAGUACACCGGUUCAUGUGCACAUCAAGAAGAGCCCAAAAAUAUCCUCCAAAAUGCUGCAUAAAGGAACCAAGAGCAAAAUGAAAGGGGACACUGGAAACCUGCGCCGCAGUGCCAAAGUAAAGACCAGGGUUCCAUGGAUUCCUCCUGGGAAGGCAUCAUUGCGUGACUCGGGAUUCAAGUGGGAGGGUUUGACGCAUCGCUUGGAGAUCACACCUCCGGACACAGAUAAAAUGUUUUCAGCUCUUCGUUUGAGUGAUCUCUCCACGGACGAGGAAGAGACUCUGAGAAGCAAGAUCAAUUCAUAUGAGAAGAAGAUAGACAGCUUAAUGAAUGAAGUUGGUACAUUGAAAAACGAGGUGGAACUGCACAGAAAAGACAAUGUCCUGGAGAGGUGCGAGGAACAGCUGGCUGUCUCAAAACGUCUGCUGGAGUCCCAGAAAGAAGAACUUGCCGAAGUGUCGCUAGAACUAGUGGAAACUGAAACCGAAAACACACGUCUGAGAAGAAGCAUCGACCGGAUCAAGGAGGAAAAGGGUUUAAGUGUGCUUCAGAAGCAGCAGUUGCUAGAGGAGAAAUCACAGCUCCUUGACAAGUUGCUGGAGGCUGAGAUGGACGGAAGUGAAGCAGCAAAACAGGUGAACGUGCUCCGAGAUACCAUCCACAGAAUGAAGCAUGAGAAGAGAAUGACCAGCACAGAUAUCAAUCUUCUCACCCGGCAGAAGGAGAUUCUGCUGCAGAAGUUGGCGACUUUUGAGGACACUAACCGGAAGCUGCGCUCAUUACUUAAAGAGCAGCAUGCCAGCGAGACUGAAUCAUACCGACUGCUGGAGCAGAAGGACCUGCUGCUAAAGAAGCUGUCUGAGACCGACACUGACAAAAUGCAUCUGCAAAUGAGGCUUCAAGACCGUGAAAAAGAGAUUGAGGAUCUACACAUUCAGCUGCAAACAGAGAAGGAUCUAGCAAGGACGGCGUCUGAAUUCUCCAAGUCUCUCGAAGUAACAAAGGCGCAUUUGCAGGGACAGCUGAGAAGCCGCGAAGCUGAGAACAACCGUCUCUGUGUGCAAAUCCGGAACCUGGAGAGAUCUGAGGCCCAGCAAAAGGCAGAGUUAGAACAGUUGAUGCAGCAGAUGAGCGAGACAAGGAAUAAAACAGAUUUUGAUAAAGAAGCCCUGAAGAAAUCUGUACGAGCCCAGAAGCAGCGCGCAGAACGUCAGGAGGAGGCCUUGCAAGUGCUUAAUACAGAACUGCGUGACAAGGACGCUGAGCUCAGUAAAUCUCUAUCGGCUAUUGAUACGUGGAAGUCCCGUUACAACGCGCUGAUGAAGGAGAAGAGUCAAGUAGAGGAUGAAAUGGUCACAUUAAACAAUCACGUAACGGUGCUAGCGGGAGACAAGAGGAGCGCAGAGGAAAAAGCGCGUUUAGAACGGGAAUCUCUGCUAGACAAGCUGCACAGACAGACUGCAGAAAACACCAGCCUGAGAGUGGAACAUGAGACAUUAAAGACAAACUUAGCGACACUGGAGGAGAAACUGACGCUGGCUCAUAGUGAGGUGCAGCAACUCAAGGGCACCCUACGUCAGUAUGAAGGACUGGUGGAUACCUAUAAAGAGCAGGUGCAAAAAACUCGUAAAGAAGCCGAUGAGAUUUGUCUGCAACUGGAAAGAAGCGUCUCUGAAAACAAAAACUUGAAGGAUGAAAUGAACCGAGACAUGGAACAGGUGCGUAAGAAGUUCCACUAUCGUUUGUCUGAGCUUGAGCAGCUCCCAGAGAUGCUGAGGAUAACGGAGAUGAAACUGCAGGAAUGUCAAGAGCAGCUACAUGAAUAUGAGAACAAGAAUAGCGAGCUGACUUCCAUCAUCUCUGAUCUACGCGUUCGGAUGGAGCAGCAAGGAGACAAGAUGGAAUCCACAAGGGACCGUUACCAAUCUGCUACUGAAGAGAACAAGCUUUUGGUGCUGAGACUUGAGGAACUGGAAAGGAAGCUGGAGGAUGCCACUACUCAGAACAGAGAACUCAUGCAGGUCGUAGCUAAACGCGAGGACUCCAUUCACCAGAACCAACUGCGGCUGGAGGAGAAAAGUCGUGAGUGUGCAUCUCUGGCGCGCCAGUUAGAAGCCGCUAUUGAGGACUCCAGAAGGCAGGUGGAUCAGACGAGAGAACGUGCAUCAUCCAAAGAGCGAAUAACACAGUCUAAGAUCCUGGAUCUGGAGACCCAGUUGAGCAAAACCAAAACCGAACUGAACCAGUUCCGGCGCACCAAGGAUGAUUGGCAGAAGUACUGGCAGGCUGAGCGUCGGUUCCAGAGCCGUCUGCAAGAUCUGAAAGACCGACUGGAGCAGUCCGAGAGCACAAAUCGCAGCAUGCAGAACUAUGUUCAGUUUCUAAAAUCUUCAUAUGCCAAUGUAUUUGGUGAGGCUGCUGUAUCCAGUUCACCUAUACGCCCUCGAACCCCACUUUAAGGAGAGAACUUUGCUUCCUUAUGUCCCAGACUUUGCAGAGUUAAAAAAGAAGCAGGAAACCCACUUAGGUCUGUGAAGAUCAGCUGUGGUCAUGUGACUCACUUGGUGCUGCACAACUUAGCCCUUAUGUUAUCGAAUGUCUUCCAUUUGCCUUUAGGUGCUCGUUUCUCUGUAACACUUCUGACAUUGCUCGUGCAAUUCCCUUACUGUGAUUCAUAUUUAAUUUGUCCGGCGAGCACAGAGAAGGACGACAUGACUUUAAUAACAUUGCUGACACUGAUCUGACCUCAAUGGGACGUGUUGCAGCUACAAGGGGUCAUUUUUUAAUGUAAUUCUUUAUUUAUUUUUUGUUAUUACACUUGUGAGGUGUAUCACUGUCUAAUAAAAAGUAUGAGAAGCACACGAGUUAAAGCAAGCAAAUCAAUUUAAUGGACAGAUCCAAAAAACAUGUACAUCCAUAGCGUGAGGAGUGUAUACUCCCGGUUAAAAGUGCAGAGAAAAUAGUGGAAAAAUAAGUGCAGGGCACCUAAACAAACGGCUUACGCGUUUCGGCCUAAGCCUUACUCAUAGCCUUUUUUAUUUUUUGUUAUUACACUUGUGAGGUGUGUCCCUGUCUACCAAUAAAACAGCAUCAGUUCCUGCUAAUCAGCCAAUGAGAAAUCAGUCAUUAAAGGGAACUAAACCCCCAAAAAAAUCUUUCAUGAUUUAGAUAGAGCAGCAAUUUUAAGCAACUUUCUAAUUUACUCCUAUUGUCAAUUUUUCUUCAUUUUCUUGGUAUCUUUAUUUAAAGUGAAGGUAAAUUUUCAAGGAGUGCCCGGAUUUUAAAAAUAGUUUUAAAAACAGGUGCACUUUCCUUGAUGAAAGUUUACAUUGCACCGAAUUUGUAGAAAUACUUACUUUUUUACUUCUCCAAAACCGGAUCGCCGAUCCCAGCCUCAGUUCCUCUGUACUGACGUCAGAAAUGACAAAACCGGCUUCCUCCAAUCAUGGCUUCCCCCCCAGAGCGUACAUCUCGUGAUGCCCGGCUGUGAUUGGAGGAAGCCGGUUUCGUCAUUGCUGUGUUUGUACAGCAGGAAGAAGAAGGAGGGGGAUCGGCGAUCCGGUUUUGGAGAAGUAAAAGGUAUUUCUACAAAUCCAGUACAAUGUAAACUUUUAGCAAUAAUAGUGCCCCUGUUUUUAAAAGUAUUUUUAAAACCGGACACUCAUUGCUGAAAAUUAACAUUCACUUUAAAAAGCAGUAAUGUAAAGCUUGGGAGCCAACCCAUUUUAGUUUCAGCACCCUGGAUAGCGCUUGCUUAUUGGUGGCUACAUUUAGCAAACCAAUAAACAAGAAUUACUCAGGUUCUGAACCAAAAAUGGGCCGGCUCCUAAGCUUUACAUUCCUGCUUUAUAAAAAUAAAUAUAGCAAGAGAACAAAGAGAAAUUGAUAAUAGAAGUAAAUUAGAAAGUUGCUUAAAAUUACUGCUCUAUCUGAAUCAUUAAAGCAAAUUUUUGGUUUAGUGUCCCUUUAAGGCCCAUUUGUACACAGUGCAUUUUCCCAUUAGCUUCUCAAUCACAAUAAACAGCUUUAAAGGGACAGUCUAGGCCAAAAUAAACUUUCAUGAUUCAGAUAGAGCAUGUGAUUUUAAACAAUUUUCCAAUUUACUUUUAUCACCAAUUUUGCUUUGUUCUCUUGGUAUUCUUAGUUGAAAGCUUAACCUAGGAGGUUCAUAUGCUAAUUUAUUAGACCUUGAAGGCCACCUCUUUUCAGAAUGCAUUUAACAGUUUUUCACCACUAGAGGGUGUUAGUUCACGUAUUUCAUAUAGAUAACACUGUGCUCGUGCACGUGAAGUUAUCUGGGAGCAGGCACUGAUUGGCUAAACUGCAAGUCUGUCAAAAGAACUGAAAUAACGGGGCAGUUUGCAGGCUUAGAUACAAGAUAAUCACAGGGGUUAAAAGUAUAUUAAUAUAACUGUGUUGGUUAUGCAAAACUGGGGAAUGGGUAAUAAAGGGAUUAUCUAUCUUUUAAAACAAUACAAAUUCUGGUGUAGACUGUCCCUUUAACAUAAUGAUAUUUAAUAUCUUUACAGAAAUACGUUAAAGUUAAAUUGUGUCCUUUCAUAUGUGAGAUUAGUUUAUUGUCCUAUCAGACAGGCCGUACGCAGGCUGCAAGUCUUCUGCUGUGAUCUAUAAUCCCACAUAGAUAAAAACCACUUAACAUGCUGAUGUAAUAAUUAGGUAGUAGAAAAAGUACAAAAUAAUACAAGUGUGAGUGACCUCCGGCUGUACUGAGCAAACAGUUUGUGUGUCUGUGUUCUGACUAAUAAAACUCACCUGGUGCAACUUAUUAGUUAUUUGUAGAACGCCAACAGAUUCCGCAGCGCCAUUAUUCCUGCAAAUGGGUCAUUCCCAUUUAAUGAGACGUGGAUUUGUUAUUUAAACACUGGUAAAAGGGUCUGCAGCUUUUAGCAAUGUCUAGAUUGCCAAUUCAGUGUCAAUAAAGUGUCACUGUAACAGAAGCUUAACCCUUCCUUUGUCUACAUCAAUUCAAAUGCCCUCUGGCAACCAAGGGGGGUUCACUGUAACUUUAACUAUGUCCUCCAUUUGGGUCAACUCGUUCAAAUGUGACGUGUUAUUUCACUGUUUAUAGGCAGGAUAUCACUAUAGCCAUAUGUCUGAAUUAUUAACCCCUUGCUGUCAGAUGUAAGGAUUAUGUCGUCUGUCUGGGGUCUAGCCAGCAUUAAAUACAAACUGUGCAGUUUUAUAUGGUGUUUUUGUGUCUAAAUGUCAUUAUUUAUACAAGAACCACGUGUCCAUGUUUGUUUUUUAAAAAAAUAUUUAUAUAUUUUUAAAGAUUUUUUGUUUUUCUACGGAUUUCUAAUAAAUUUGUUUGCUGUAUAAAUGUAAAAAUAAAUAAAUUUUAAAAUGAUUGAAUGAAACU